AUCAAUCAGCUAUCAAACCGUACGCACGACCGUACUGUAUUGCUGCUCCAAAGAGUCUUGCGAUCCGGUGCUGAAGGUCCUUCGAAACACCGGCCAGUGAGUCUCGCUUGAAGGUUGAAAGCUCGAAGAUCCUUCGGAAUCUCUCUCUCUUUCUCUCUUUCUCUCUUUUUCGUUCAUUCAAUAUCGACCCGGAGAAUCGAAGUUUCCGAAUUCGGACAAAAAGACGGCGAUCGAAAGAUGUCUCUGACGGCCGUGAAGAUGUCCGAAGACGUUUGGUUUACUUGUCUCACUCAUGCAUUGUCCACCGAGACUGAAGAAAUCAUGGGGCUUCUUCUUGGCGAUAUUGAGCAUUCAAAAAAUGGAAGUGUUACUGCACUAAUUUGGGGAGCAUCGCCUCAGACACGGUCUGACAGAAGGAAGGACCGUGUGGAGACUCAUCCUGAACAAUUGGCUGCUGCAUCUGCCCAGGCUGAUAGAAUGACAACAAUGACUGGGAGAACAACAAGAGUUAUUGGAUGGUACCAUUCACAUCCUCAUAUAACAGUGCUUCCUUCUCAUGUUGAUGUGCGAACUCAAGGGACAUAUCAGCUCCUUGAUUCUGGGUUUAUUGGGCUGAUAUUUUCCUGCUUUAGUGAAGAUGCAAACAAGGUUGGAAGAAUUCAAGUUAUUGCUUUCCAGUCCUCUGAUGGAAAACAGAAUCACCUCUCAAGACCUAUUUCCCUAUCUCCUAUGUACCGAAAUUCAGUGAUUGAUGUUGAAUCUUCUUUGAGUUCCUCUGAUAAUUUAUCAGCAAAAGUGGGCGGACCAGGGGAGAGUCCCGAACAAGACACUGGUGAUUCAAUGGUUGCUGGAGCUAUGAAGGGUUCUGGACGAUCUUCAGAGUUGGGUUAUUUCUUUGCUAAUGCUGACACCAACUACCAAGGAAAAGAAAAAAUGGGGGGUAGCUAUCUUACUAGCAAUACAAACAGUGGUACUACUGAUAUCGAUCCUAUGGACUUGACUGAAAGUAUGCAAGAAGCAAUGCACCGUUCAAAUAUCGAAAUGAGUGCUGCUGAAUUCUCAAGGAAAGAGAUUCCUCUGCAUGUUAUGCCGAGUGCUUCCCUCAUAAAGCUUGAUUCACCAUUAAUGUCUUUUACAGAUUUACAAAAUGUUCUGUUUGAAGAGGAGAGAUCAGCUUAUAACCAAGCCAUCUUAAAUAAUAUGAAGGAUGGGAAAGCGCAUCCGCUGACGUUCAUACAUCACACCUCAACAUAUCAGGCUUCAAUGUGCAAGUUAAUUGAAUAUUGUCUUAGUCCUGCCAUAACCGCGCUCCAGGACCGUCUAAAAGAGAACGAAAUUCGGUUAGCAUUGCUGGCUGAGGAAGCCAGGAAUCUGGAAGUUGAGGCUGGAAAAUCAAACGAGUCAGUCCCGGGAUCACCUCACCAAGUCACUCAUGGAUCUCGAGCAAGCGCUUCGACAACACACAGGGACUCGUAUGCUUCAACUGCAUCAGUCGGUGCGCGAACCGCAGGAAGCUCUGUUCACCGAAGUAGAAAGGGGUUGUGAUGAAUCUUCUGCCGGUAACUUGUUUUCCCAAUUUCUUUUAGUCUGUAUUAUAGCUAGUUUGGGGUUUUUUUGUGCAUAAAAACAAUCCAAAGUAUAGAAGAAGGGUCAAAUGGCAUUCAUUAUUAGCUUCCAAAACUUCACCUUCUUGAUGUUGAAUCCACUGAGCAGAGUAACCCAAUUUAUGUGGGGUUUUUUUUUU